AACAACCAGCCCAUCUCGGAGUAUCACAAACACCUCACAGCGCCUCCUCUCUGUGCCGACUAUGUUCUUCUCUUCUUCACCACAGAGCACAGAAACUCAGAGUUUGGCGUCUAAGGUAUAUGCUUUAAAUGCAGCCCAAGUGACAUCACAUUGCUGCAGUGGUGCGCUGUCCAUGAAAGGUGUCAGUCCUUUCCUCUGAUACAAAGAAUUAGUCCACUGGCCACUUGGCUCGGCUCUGCUCCAGACAUCAUGGCGUGACAACGUGUAUUCAUUUAUAUCGGGCUCUUGUUACGCAGAUGGACGCCCGCAUGAGGAGCAGAGGCGCAUUUUUCCGAGGCUGCCUGUUCUUUAGGACGCGGCAAGAUUACCUUCCACAUCCCGCCCGGACAGAAAAACGACCGCAUUGCUUUGUUGAAGGAGCGGACAAGACCAAGUCAUGGAUGAAAACUAAUUGCUCGCACGGGUACGCAUAGUAGGUGUUAGAUGAGAAAGAGGAGACACGGUUAACAGUGCAUGGGUGGGAUUCCUUCAUUGCGCUUCAGACAGGGGAAGUUAUGACAACAAAUGUCUUACAGUAUUGGCAAGCAACUGCCUGUGAAAGAGGCGUGAUAGCUGCGCCGUAGUGCUGCAAUUACUAGAAAACUGCCGUCGACAGGAGAGUUUUCGACCUUCGUGAUUUUUGACAGACUUGAAGCCUGAAUUUGACGCCAACCGCCAGAGGCUUUUUUUUUUCCAAGAGCGCAACCAUCGCCUCAAAAUUAAUUAAAAAAAAAAGAGCUCCCGGACUGCAGUUUUCCUACUAGACACCAUCUCAGCAGCAAUUCGCAACAAGCGUGAGGUUUAUUGUAAAUUUAAUCCGCCUUGUUCUGCGUUUCAAACCUGUACGACGACGAAGAGGAGGAGGAGGUGGUGGUGGUUGUGGUGGUAGGGGACCCGAUACGACCACGUACUGACGCUUUAACCCCCCUGAACACGUCUCGGACACGACCCUCGGACUCUCCUCAGCUUCUCUUUUUUUUUGGAUUCUGGGCAAUGUCGGCUUUACAUUUACUGCCUGUGCGCUUCAAUCACAUCGCAGUGGGAUUUAAGGUGGGGUUUUUAUCCCGACGCAGGUAACUCGGAGAUAAACCCACUCGUCUCUCGUUUGAUGACACUUGAGCGGCAGAUUUUGUCCCUCAUCGCGUCUGUUUGGGAUUUUUCAGCCUCCCCAAAAUUCUCCCGACCUAACGAGGAGGUUUCACGCAUGAAUUUGGAAUAAAUGAACUGGCGUUAUAGCGGCUGAUAUACACUCGUCGUGAAAUUUAACCUGCGGGGACAAGUGUGGACAGCGGAAAUCAUGUGCGGUAGCUUCACCCUCUCGGCAUCUGCUUUAUUAGUCUCACUUUUGGCAGGGAAUGAGACAUGAGGGUCGACCUCCGGACUGCUUCCAGGACCGGUCGUUAAGCGUCAGAUGCUUAAAUAUUCAGAGCUGGCAGCUGAGUGCACGGAGGCAGGCUUGACCACCAUCUUCUACCCAGUACUGCUUUGAAGUGAACCCUGUGAGGAGGAUCCAGAACAACACAGUAUUCUGGUGGUGUUUUCCUGUAAUGCCAGCUGGAGUCACCUUUGACCGCCGUCUUGUCGGGAUGCUGAUGUGAAACCUGCGAUGGAGACCAGGGCUUGAUAUCUGGACCUGGAAACUGAUCAACUAUGGAGCGGCUGGUUGUGUGUGUGCUGCUGUGUGCCGCUCUGGUGAAGGGCUACAGCUGCCCCGGCCGCUGCAUCUGCCAGCACCUCUCUCCUACUCUGACUCUGCUCUGUGCUAAGACUGGUUUGUUGUUCGUGCCCCCCACCAUCGACCGCAAGACCGUCGAGCUGCGACUCACCGACAACUUCAUCACCAUCAUCCGCAGGAAAGACUUUUUCAACAUGACCAGUUUGGUCCACCUCACGCUGUCACGUAACACCAUCAGCCAGAUCACCCCGCACGCCUUUGUCGGCCUGCGAUCCCUGCGGGCGCUCCACAUGGACGGCAACCGCCUCAGCGUGAUAAAGAACGACCACUUCAAAGGCCUCAUCAACCUGCGACACCUCAUCCUCGGAAACAAUCAGAUCCACCAGGUGGCCGCCGCCUCCUUUGAUGAGUUUGUUUCCACCAUAGAGGACUUGGAUCUUUCCAAUAACAACCUGCGCACGCUUCCCUGGGAAGCCAUAGCCAGGAUGACCAACAUAAACACGCUCACGCUGGACCACAAUCUGAUCGACCACAUUGGAGCGGGGACUUUUACACUGCUCACCAAGCUGGUCCGCCUCGACAUGACCUCCAACAGGCUGCAGAAGCUGCCGCCAGAUAGCCUGUUCCAGCACGCACAGGUGCUGUCCGACGCCAAGGGCUCCAGCUCCUCCACCCUGGCCGUGAGCUUUGGUGGAAACCCUCUUCAUUGUAACUGUGAGCUGCUGUGGCUCCGCAGGCUCACAAGAGAGGAUGAUCUGGAGACCUGUGCUUCACCAGAGCAUCUCAUGGAUAAGUAUUUCUGGUCCAUCCAAGAGGAGGAGUUUAUCUGUGAGCCUCCGCUGAUCACCAAACACAUUUCAACUAAACCGUUUGUGAUGGAAGGCCAGGGGGUGACUCUCAAAUGCAAAGCCGUGGGUGAUCCAGAGCCAGAUAUACACUGGAGGUCACCUGACGGCAAGCUGGUGCACAAUAACUCCCGCACCAUCCUGUAUGAAAAUGGCACCCUUGAUAUUCUCAUCACCACUCUGAAGGACAGCGGGGCAUUUAAUUGUGUGGCGUCCAAUGCCGCAGGCAUCGCCACAGCUGCUGUUGAGAUCAACAUGAUCCCCUUACCCUUGUUUGUUAACAACACAGGCCACAUGCGUGAGGACCCCGGCCUCUCAGACAUCACAACCUCCUCCAAAUCUGGCAAUGACACCAAGGGCUACGACAAGCAGGACAGGAGGGUGAUGGUCACCGAGCUGACCUCUUCCUCCGCCGUGAUCCGCUGGCCGUCUGAGCGCCACAUCCCCGGCAUCAGGAUGUACCAGAUUCAGUACAACAGCACAGUGGAUGAUACUUUAGUGUACAGAAUGAUCCCAUCCACCAGCAAGAACUUCUUAAUCAAUGAUCUGGCCGCAGGCCGCGAGUAUGACCUUUGUGUGCUGGCGGUUUACGAUGACGGCAUCACAUCGUUAACGGCCACACGUGUCGUUGGCUGUGUGCAGUUCCACACCGCCAGUGAGGUCAGCCAGUGCCGCUUCAUGCACAGCCAGUUCCUGGGAGGCACUAUGAUCAUCAUUAUUGGUGGUAUAAUUGUUGCUUCAGUGCUGGUUUUCAUUAUCAUCCUGAUGAUCCGUUACAAGGCCUACAGCAGCCCAGAGGACAGCAAGACCAAGGUCAGCUCCAGCAUGCACUCCCAGACCAAUGGCAGCCAGCAGCGGCUCCAGCGCUCCGCCUCCAAGCAGCCCUCUGAUGAGGGCCAGCGUGAAGCCCAGGCGUCCAAAGAAUGCAUGGCGCUGGUGCUGGGGGGCGAGAGCGAGAAGAGGGAGGAUCCAGCAGCCACCACCGCCAUCCUGGAAGUGGAGCUGCCUCCUCUGACUGUAGACAAAAUGAAGAGAAGAACCAGCCUGGAUGCACAGCGCUCUGGCCCGCCAUCUGAGGACACGCAGACGGACAGUAGCCUGACGGGCUCCACCAUGUCCCUGUGUCUCAUAGGACCCAACGCUGGCACCAAGGAGGCUCCCAGGCUCAAGGACAAGAAAAGUGCCCUGGCCAACAUGGGAUUGCUCCCUAAUGAGCUGGCACGAACUAGGCACAGAUUCUCUUUUGACGGAGGGGAUUACUCCAUAUUUCAGAGUCACAGUUACCCACGCAGAGCGAGGACGAGGUGGCACAAGUCCACCAACCAGCUCAACAUGGAGUCGUCGCCGCUCGCCAACAGGAGAGUUACGUUCAGCAGCACUGAGUGGAUGCUCGAGAGCACAGUCUGAGGAAAAACAGUGUAGCCGGAGGGAAAUUAAAACUGGCUCAAACACACACGUGUAAAAACACAGAAAUGUCCACAUGCCAUAUAACGUAACAUUUGCUUCUCUUGCGCACAGCAGAUGAUGAACACAAGCACAUUUACUUACACAUGCAAACUUUCUGUGAGUUGCUGGAGAAGAACGCAGUCUCCUUUCAUCAUGCCUCCCCAUCACACUCCCAGAGAGGUUUGUUGGCCAUGUCCUUUCUUUACGCAGCGGUGCCUUAUUCUGAAAAAUGUACGAAUGGAGGAUGCUGCUCACUGUAGUCAUAAACCUUCCUCUCUGUCAUCGCUUCCCAGUCCUGAUAACGGGAAGCGUUUCUUUGGAUUUUUAUUUUUCUCCUUUUUCUGUGACAUGCCAAGGGAGUGUGGCGUUUGGAUGUGACUGUUUAAUUGUUUUGAAAAGAAAAAAAAAACCC